GUACAAGCAUCAAAAACAUUUGGAAUACCGUUAAUAGUGACUGAGCAGUGUCCCAUGCAAAAUGGUCGGACGGUGAAGGAGCUUGAUGUAUCUCACGCACAUGGCAUUUAUCCAAAAACCAAAUUCAGUAUGGCCAUACCCGAAGUCAAUGAGCAGUUGGAUAAACUGUGCGAUGGAAAUGUUCAGUGUGGAGUCCUGUUUGGCAUGCAAGCGCAUAUAUCCAUUGAACAAACGGCGGCUGAGCUUUGUGGUCUGGGAAUUCAGGUGCAUGUAAUUGCCGAUGCGUGUACCGCUUCUUCACAGGAGGAACGAAUUCUUGCAUUACAGCGACUGAAACAGAUCGGCUGUUUCAUCACGACAUGCGAGAGUAUUCUGUACAAGCUUCUGGGAGACGAGGACCACCCGAAAGCCAACGAAGUGAAGCAGCUGCUAGACAAGCCUCGUCCGCCCACCGGUCUCGCUGUCCUGCUAUGACCUUCACAACUCUCGUCCACCCGGAGGUUCCUGCCUGUACUGUCCUAUGUUUGACAGCUCCUCUCAUCCACCAGGAGUUUCCUGUCUGUACUGUCUUACGUUUGACAACUCAAAACUCAACUAUUCUAGCCAUGUGACUAAAUACAAUAAGAACAAGUCAGACAACUCAACCAAACUUUUUCAGCUACCAUUGACUACAUUUUUUAUACCAUUGUCUACAGAAUACAGUGGGCUACAUGUGAACAAACCAGACUAUCUAAAGAUGCGUACAGACUUGUGCACUACGAACACGCGCUUUUGGUUUUCUACCAGCUGGGGCCAAUUUCACAAAGGUACAAGUAUUGUUACCAACCAUGGUUACGAACAAGUACUUGUAGUUACAAGUUUACAAGUACUCACGUUUCACAAAAAUUUAUGAUAUACAAGUUUACAAUUUUACAAGUCUACAAGUACUUCAAUAUUAAACAUAACCUAUUUUCAUGAUAA